CUCAGCCUGCUUAAAUUCAAUGACAUGUCACUUUACAGUUUGCAUGUGUAUUUUCUACAAUCUCCGCUUUAACGUAUAACAAAAAAUGUGCGGGUAUUAAAGUGAAUUUCCACCUUUAACGCUGAGUUUUGUUUUCUAAAAUGAUAGAGACAAAUAAAAAGCGUGAAGGUUUGACACGGACUCUUGCGCUAACUGUGUGUUCUGCAGCCAUCGGUGGGACAUUUCAGUAUGGCUACAAUAUUUCCAUCAUCAAUGCACCUACAUAUCACUUGCAGAAGUUCAUUAAUGAGACGUGUAUGAAGAGAUGGGGUACAGCGCUCGAGUCCAGUCAGGUGACACUAAUAUGGACAAUUAUAGUUUCCUCCUUUUCACUUGGAGGACUUUUUGGAUCUCUGCUUGCUGGACCAAUGGCCAUUCGAUUUGGACGUAAAGGAGCGCUGCUGCAAAACAACUGCUUUCUUUUUCUAAGCGCAGUCUUUGUUUUGUGCAGCCGCUGGGCUGGAUCCUUUGAGAUGGUCAUUCUUGCUCGUCUGCUUGUGGGUGUCAAUUCAGGGGUCAGUAUGAACGUCCAGCCAAUGUAUUUUGGAGAAAGUGCUCCUAAGCACCUCAGAGGAGCUGUCGCCUUCUCUUCUGCUGUUUUCACUGCUCUGGGAAUCUUGCUGGGUCAGGUUACCGGUCUGACAGAAGUUUUGGGGUGUGAAGCUCUCUGGCCUUAUCUACUGGCUAGCAAUGCUCUCCCCGGUCUUUUACAGCUGGUCACCCUGCCCUGGUUUCCAGAAAGCCCACGUUACCUGCUCAUUGACAAAGGAGAUAGCGAGGCUUGCUGCCGAGCUCUGAAACGCCUCCGAGAGUGCAGUGUUUUUAAGGCAGAGAUGGAGGAGAUCCUUCAGGAGCGGGCGGACGCGGGUGAAGCUCGCGCCAAAACUUUGAGGGAACUGUUCACUGACCGAAGCCUUCGCAGGCAGCUCUGUAUGGUUAUGGCAGCCAGCAGUGCCAUGAUGCUCUGUGGUAAUGAUUCAAUUUAUUUCUAUGCAUCAUAUAUUUUUCAGGAAGCUGGUAUUCCUACGGAGAAGAUCCAGUAUGCCACAAUCGGCACAGGCGCUUGUGAGUUCACUUCCGCCCUGGUGUGUAAUCUACUGAUAGAACGUGUCGGCCGCAGGUUGCUUCUCGCAGGGGGGUAUGCGCUCAUGUCUUGCUGGGCAGUGGUCUUCACAGUGGCUCUUUCACUGCAGGGCAAAGUGGCCGGCAUGCCCUAUCUGAGUAUGGUGUGCUUGUUUGCCUACAUCUUGAGUUUCGGCAUGGGUCCCGCAGGGGUCACAGGGAUUCUUCCUGCUGAACUUUUUGACCAGAUGGCACGUCCCGCUGCGUACAUGGUUGCCGGGUCUAUGAUGUGGCUUAAUCUGUUCCUUAUAGGAAUGGCGUUUCCUUUCAUUGUUAGCGGUCUAGGACAGUUUUGUUUCAUACCGUUUGGUGGUGUUUGUGUGGCUGCGUGUGUUUUCAUUGGUCUCACUUUACCUGAAACCAAGGGGAGGACACUGGCAGAGAUCACAGAGGAGUUCGACAAGAGGAGUAAGAAAGAAACAUCUAAUGGGCAUUUGAAGUAUUGUCAGAGAGAGCAAAGCCGAAGUCUGAAUGAUCAAACAACAAAAUACUUGGAGACUGAGAAGAUUUAAAUUUCAGGUUUUAUUUGUCAUACACACAAUGAUCCACUUAGCAAGAAACGUGUGAUAGCAUUGCUGACAGAAAGCACUUAUGCAAAAUAUGUUGGAAAACUUAAAUUCCUAAUUUUAUGUUUCUGUUGAAAUACUGUUAUUAUAGUGCUUGAAAACUAAAUCUAAUUUUUUUUAAUCAAAAUGUUGUACUUCGGUGCUUAUUAAUUAAAAAAGCGUAAAGGGCUAGUUCACUCAAAAAUGAAAAAUCAUUAUUAACUCACCCUAAGGCUGUUUCAAACCUAAAUCAAUAUAUUUGUUCUGUUAAACACAAAGAAAGAUAGUUGUAACAAUGUUAGCCAUUUGCAGUUCUGUGACAUCAUCCACUACCAUAGUAGGGAAAAAAAUGCUAUCUUUUUUGUGUUCUGUUGAACAAAAAGUUAUAUAUUUUGAAUAAUUUUCAAACAAACAGUUCUGGGGCACCUUUGACUACCAUUUAAUUUGUCCUACUAUGGCAGUUCACGAGUUCACGAGCAGAUAAUGAAGAUAGCAGGGGUAGUAAAAGCAUGCGUGUUUGGCGUGCUGUCCGGGGAGCGGUUUGAAAUGAGAUUGAGUGAAUGAUGACAUAAGUUUCAUUUUUCUGUGAACUUUCACUUUAAAGGAUCAGAAGGAAUAGAAACAGUUGUUCAUAGCCUCAAAGGGAUAGUCAACCACAAAUAAAAAUUCUGUCAUCCACACACUUGUUGUUCCAAAUCUGUAUACAUUUCUUUGUUCUGAUGAACAGAGAGAAAGAUAUCGGUUGUUUGCAAUCAUUUUUAACCUUGUAAGCGUUUAAAAAAAGUUACCUGGCUUGGAUCCUCCCGACCACAGAUCGGUUUACAAACCACUUUUAUCUCUGUUUCUCAGUCAAUACCCGCAUGUUCCUCUUUCAUGAACAUACAUUUUUGCUACACAAUAAAAAUACCUUGUGGUUUCAUGGUUUGAUAGAUUUUAACUUAAAGCUUAAAUUGUAGGAUUUCUGAGUUUGCGAUAGUGAAUUCCUAUGGAGAAAAUCACCUGCUGCCCUCCAUCUGCACUUUGCGCAGUGCAAACAACCUAUUUAGAAUAAUGCUUAUUGUAACCAAACAGUUCUUGGCCACCAUUGCCUUUCUCAUUAUGAAAAAUUACAGUAUGAAAAGAAAUUUGUAAAGCAUUUUUUCCUACUAUGGUAGUCAAUGGUGGCCAAGAACUGUUUGGUUACAACAAGCAUUCUUCCAAAUAUCUCUCUCUGUGUUCAUCAGAACAAAGUUAUGUAUAAAUGCUGGAGGAGGGUGAGUAAAUGAUGAAAGAAUUUUCAUUUUUCUGUGAACUGUUCCUUUAAGUGGCCUUAUUUAUUAUGACUGUUUAUAUAUAAUUUAUAAUAUUUAUUUAUAAUUGUAUUUAUAAUUGAAUCUUUAUUUAUUUUAAGGAUGAAUGGACAAAUUGUGGUCUUUUUCAUAAGUGCUGCUAGGUGAUAUAAAGUGUGAAAUAGAAAACACGCAUGCAAUCUGGAUUACCUAAAGAACAAGCAUGUCUGCGUUGAUUGAUUCUAGAAAUCUGUUAAUCCUGAUGCUUGCCAAAGAUGUACAAAAGUUUGCACUGAAAUAUUUUACCUCAUUUAUUGGUCACAUAUUCUGAUGUUGUUCAUUAUUUAUUAAUUAAAUAAUAACUUUAAUCAUUUAAAGAGAUAUAUGUAUUCCCAAAGCAACACUCAAAGCAAUUCAUUGUUUUACAUUGCUGGGUUAUUGCAAGGCAUUUUCAGCAUGUAUAAAACUUGUAAUUUAUUGCCUGUUUGCACCAAGCAGAUGGCAGUAUAUCGUCAUUAUUUCUGUAUACUGUCUACUGGAUUGUAAUUAAAUUCAUAUUUUUCCUUGUAAACAAGGUCACAUGUAGCAUGUCAUUGCAUUCAGGUGGAAGCCAGUUGUAAGAAGAGGGCAAUCAGCAUUAAUACUGUCUAAAUGACCUUUUAUUGUGCCUUCAAUUUUACAUAGUGGCUAUUUUGUUCUUGUGUCUGCUAUUCUGUCUGUAUACUGCAUGUCUAUGUUUAAAGCAAUAACUGUUUCAUCCUGAAGUAAUCAAAUCAUAUUAAUCAGUGGGAAAUGCUGCUGUGCUGUUUUAAUGUCUGUGUAUUUUGAAUACCUCAGACAUUUUAAACCUAUUAUCAAAGUUGCUUGAUGUGCAAAAUAAAAAUAAACUAAUAUAAAGGCUUUCAAUGUCAUUGUGUUGAUAUGAAAUUAAGCUUUAUAGAGUAGUAGAGUAGCCAGCAAUUAAAAUUA